AUGGAGGUGUUGAAGGAAGCGUGCUCCGAGUACGGAUUCUUCAAGAUAGUAAACCACGGCGUCCCCAUCGGGCUCAUCGACCGCGCCCUCGAAGCUUCCGCCACGUUCUUUGACCUCCCCGACGACGAGAAAUGGAAGUUCAGCGCCCUGCCCGGCAGCUAUUUGCCGGCGGGAUACAGCCAACACCAGCCCGUCUAUUCGCUCGACAAGAACGAGACCCUUUCCAUGUUUCCUCCUUCUUCCGCCUUCAACGUCUUUCCCACAAACCCUCCCGACCUCAGGGAAGUGAUGGAAGAGGUGUUCUCGUGCCUGAGCAAGACCGGAGGCUUGAUCGAGGGCAUAAUCAACGACUGCUUGGGUCUCCCCACCGGAGUGAUCCAACAAUUUAACUCAGACAGGAACUGGGAUUUCAUGGUCGCUCGCCGGUAUUUCCCGGCAACGGAGGAGGAAGACAGAGGCAUCACAGCCCACCAAGAUGGCAACUCCCUCACCUUCGUCAUACAAGACGACGCCGGAGGGCUAGAGGUCUGCAAAAACGGAGAGUGGAUUCUGGCCACUCCGACACCGGGCGCCAUCAUCGUCAACGUCUGA